UCUGUCAUGGCGGCUGAUGGGACAAAGUAUCCCAGGUCAGCAUCGCCAAAUGAGGAUUACAACCCUUUGCACGACGAGACUGAAGCUAAAUUUUUUCACCAACAAAGUCAUGAUGCAGACAUUAGUGAAGAAGAAGAUCAGUUCAAUUCUGUUGAAUCUCUUCCAGACCAUAUGUAUUCCAAUAUGGUGUAUGGCACAACACCACCCGCUAACCCAAGGGGUGCAAAACUUGAAAAAAGCAAAAAACACUCUCAUCAGCGGAAAGUGUCAUACAAGGAGUAUAUGGCUACGAAAAAGAAACCUCAGCCAAGAACUCCAGUCAACAUCAUAAAAGAUCAGUAUGCAGACAAUCCGGUAUUUUGUAAACUCAGUGGAGUUGAUUCUGAUGACAACCUUGAAAGGGAUUUCUCACAAGAUUCAGAAAAGAUGAACAAGGAUAAUCGAAAUAACAAGAAAAAAAUUCUGAAAACAUCAAGGAGUUAUGAUAGGCACGUGAAGGCUACUUCUGGUGAUUUGUCAAAUUUAGAUACAAAUACGGCUGAUGUUUCUUUGACAACAUCUGGUAGAUUUUCAUCGACCAAUCCUCCAAGGGUUGACUUUUCAGGAAGGUUUUCUUCCUUAAUAAAUCGACCAUCUCCUCUGACAAUAACAUUAACAAAUUCGUUAAAUUUGGCCUGUAGCUUGAACAGUUCUUGGGGUCCAUCAAAGCCUGAUAGCAGAAGAUUAUCUGUAGUUUGUCCGGAUUGUCCAAAGGACAGAAGUGAUUUCUACAAAAUCUUUUCUGCUCUUAUUCAGAUGGGCUCUCAACCUAAGAAGGAGAAAGAUCAUAAAAGAAAAGAUAAUUUUGGAGCAUAUCGUAGACAAAUAAGCUCUGAACAGGAACUGUGGCAACAGCACUUUGUGGAUUAUCUCUGGCUUGAACUACGAAUGGAACACUUAGGUUAUACUAGUUUUAAAGACUUUGAAGAUAAUCUAAAAUUGGAUAAAGCAAGAAUUCCACAGGUCCUGGAAGACAUCAUGAACUUCAAACUGGACAAUAAAGAUUUUAUACAACUUUGUGAUAUACCUGUGUAUAAAGAUGCCAGUAAUGACCUCUCCUCGCCGGAAAUACUUUCAUGUGAAAAUAAUUCAAUAACCACGGAAACCAUUAGUUUUCAAAAAUUGGCAGUAAGUCAAGUGGAAGAAUUAUUAGACAAGUUAGACCAGUGUGAACAAUUAUUUCCUACUUCAAAAGCAUUUGCCAAGGAAUAUCCCCAGUAUGGUAGUAAGGAGUUUACCUUACAGGUGAAAUCAUUAUACCUGUGGUUAAAUAUAACUAGAGAUCUUUGUCAUAAAAUGAAACAGUUAGGUAAGAUGUUGGGUGUUCAGUACAUUCCAGAUAUAGACUGGCCAAUGAUGGACUUUGAAAGUCCACGAUGGCAUGAAACAAAAACAAAUGUGUCUUUUCAUCGUGAGAGUAUACCAGAAAUCCGGGAACCAGAUUCCAGUGAAAGUGAAGACGAAGGUAUUGCAAAUAACAAGUUGUCUCCUGGUGAUUCAAGUCAUUCCACAAAACGUGUUACAUUUACAAUGGGUUCAGGGAAAGCCAGUCCCACAAAUGAUGUGCCAAAAGAUGCUUCUACCCCAUUAAAGCCAAGUAUUAGGUAUUAUUCUACAUCAUCGACUGAUUUAUCAAGAGUGUCAAGUGAGGCUAGUAUAAUGGACGAUUUUGCAAAGACAACAACAUUUGUGUAUAGGAAGUUUGUAGAUAAAACACUUAAACGAAUGGGUAUGAACAAAAUGUUGUUAAGAUUCAGAGAAUUGUUUGAUAGAACGUUACAACGAGCUCAGGAAGCUCUACAAAAACCAUCCACUUCAUCUGCUGAGGGACAAUCUCCAAGGUCCUCAGGAGAUGAUGCAAACACUCAAAUGUCGACGUCCCCAGCUGCUCUGGACUUCCUUUGUGUUCAGGACUUUCCCCAUAAUACAGCAGUCCAUCGCAGUUCCAGCAUAACAGAUUGUGGAGCAUGUAGUGAGCAGUUUCAGAAGAUGGGUUUGCCAUCAUUUAGACCAAGUUAUCUUUUUCUAUUACAAGUGUUCAUGGAUGUUAUUCACGAGGCCUUGAGAUUGAGGUUGGAUCAGAGACCUAUGGGUGAGCCUUCUCAUCUCAGUAUAAGACCGCUUUUGAGGGAAUGUAAAGAUGUACUACAAGGUGCUGUGAUAGUUAAACAGUAUUAUCAACACAUGGUGUAUGCUGUGUUUGCUGAGGAGGAAAUGAUGGACUUGGAACAGUUUGAUCAAGACCUGAGAAAAAUGCUUGAUGAAUAUCUAACAUAUCUACAGACUUGGUUGUAUAUGUUACAAAAUCUGCCCGAAGCUUCAAGGAGUCUAAAGAAUGUGCUGGAUACUGAGUGGACGUUUACCAAAGGCAUCUGUCCUUAUAUUAUUGGUGGUGAGGCAGAGGCAGGAAAAAGGUUUAGCACUUUAGCAAGCAGUCUGUUAAAUUCUAUCGUGGAUUUCAUGGAGACAGGUAUCGAUGAUUUCACAGCCUCCCUAUAUGACUGGACAAUGAGAGAUGAUGAAGAUGAGGAUCUAGAUGAAAAUGGUGAUGAAUAUGCAGAUGAAGAAGAUGAAAAUGAGUCCAAUGCACAAUAUAUACGAGAUACAGAUGAUGACAGCCUAGAUCCUACAGAUUGUGAAAAUUCUAGGGAUGAUCAUGUUAAAAGAAUCAUGGAACUGAGACAUUCAUUCCAACAAACCUCAAGAAAUUGUAAGAAGUUAUUUAAUGAAGCAAGAGAAAGAGCCACCAAAGCCUUAGGUUUUGCCAAAAUAUUAAGAAAGGAUCUUGAAAUAGCAGCAGACUUUAACAUUAUAGUCAACACAGCUGAAUUGUUUGAUAAAUUGAAAGAAACAAAUCAUGCUUUGGUGAUGGCAUCCAUGAAUCCUGGCUAUCAGAUGUUUAUACCGAACAAAAUAAUCAACAACCAACAAUUGAUUCUACAAUUACUGAAUGUCACAUGUGGUCGGGAUGAUGUUUCAAGGUCACAAGAUGACCCAAACAAGGAAGAUGGUUACCUGUUGAUGGUGAAAUGUGAAGGGGGACGAGACCAUAAAUUAGAGUGUCCAAUCUGGGUCGGGAACUCUGUCAAAGUGGAACCAACAGCAGAAACUACUAUAGCCCUAUCUCAUAUUGAGGUUCAAGGGUUAUUGUUAGUUGUGAUCAAUGCUGGACAUUUAACAACACAGAGAAAGGAAUUUGAAGGUUAUGCUGGGAAAACAGUGGAGCUAGUUAAUGAACAAACCUCAUGCCAUCAAGCUAUUGCUGAAUCUUUAGCUGAGUUAAAAUCAGCUGCUGUAGAGUUACAAGAAAAAGUUGUUUUAGCCAUUAAACAGGUGGAUGAGAAAUUAAACUUUGAAGAUAUAGCAAACCUAGAAGACAACGAAAAAUACCAUCUACUGAAUCUGUACAGAGAAACUAUGCUCAAAGGCUAUAACUUUGGAUUUGAGUACCUGAAGGAGGUGACAAGGUUAGUAACGGGAGAGCCACGACAGAAACUAGGGACACGUCUCGUUAGCUUUGCCAAACAGUGGAUGCAGUUUGUAAUGGAAAAAUGUGAUAAAGGAAGAGGAAUGAGGCCAAAGUGGGCUAGCCAUGGACUUGAUUUCCUCACUGUCGCCUGUCAGCCUGUAGUACUUGCUGGGUUAACAGAACAAGAGUUUCAGGAUUUGAAGCACAGUAUAAACAACUGCAUAUCACAUGUGAUAGGGUCAGCUGAUCGUAAUUUACCUACUAGUCCAACUCAUGGUGGAUCAAUGCAUUCAUCUAGGUCAUCCAGUUCUGAUUUUGGAGGUGGGCGGUCCUACAUGAGAUUCCCAUCCUGGCCGACAACAGAGUCACCAAUCAAACGUUCAUCAUCACAGAUGUCAACAAAGUCAGCUGAUGGAGUUACCUCCCCUCUGUCUGCAGGCUCUGACACAAGAAGUUCCAAGCGCAGCUCUAUAGAAUCUAUGCCAGAAGUAGAAACAUGUAUUUACGAUGGGGAAGACGGUGGUCUAAUUUUAGAUAUAAGUCACCGACGUCGCAGUAGAGGUGGAUCGUGUGAUUUUAGCCAUGAAAUAAUACCAUUGUCUGAGAAAGCUACAAAGAAAAUAGAAAAACUGGAGGAGGAUAGAACCAAGAAAUUACAGGAACAAAGAGUCAUUGGAAGGGAAGUCAGUAAAAAGUCAGAGACUGACUACCGUAUCAAUGUACGAAGGGUUACUUUUAGAUGGCAAAGAGGUUUAAAAAUAGGUGAAGGUCAGUUUGGAAAGGUAUAUUCAGCUGUCAACAUGGAUACAGGUGAUUUGAUGGCCAUGAAAGAGAUGAAAUUCCAAGCUAAUGACCAUCAAGCUCUGAAGGAAAUAGCUGAUGAGAUUAUAAUGUUUGAGGGAAUACAACAUCCUAACUUAAUCAAGUACUAUGGUGUUGAAGUACACAGGGAUGAAAUGUUGAUUUUUAUGGAAUAUUGUGAUAGAGGAACAUUAGAAGAAGCAACUAAAAUGGGACUUCCUGAACAUCUCAUGGCACUAUAUGCCAAGGAAAUCCUCAAAGCUAUUGGUCACCUUCAUGAGUUUAAUAUAGUACAUAGAGACAUCAAGGGAGCAAAUGUAUUUCUGACUUCUGAGGGAUGUCUUAAAUUAGGAGAUUUUGGUUGUUCAGCCAAGCUGAAGAGCCAACAGACGAUGCCAGGAGAGUUCAAUAAUAUUGUAGGAACUACAGCCUACAUGGCCCCUGAAGUUAUCACUAAAAGUGGAUCAGGAGGUCAUGGUCGUGCAGCAGACAUCUGGAGCUUAGGGUGUGUCAUCAUAGAAAUGGCAACAGGAAAGAGACCAUGGCAUGAGUUAGAGAACAACUAUCAAAUCAUGUUUAAAGUUGGAAUGGGUAGUAUACCUAGUAUUCCAGAGACAUUAAGUAACGAUGGCAAGGAUUUUGUAUCACAUUGUCUAGAACCAGACCCUGAAAUAAGAUGGACUGCUGCUCAAUUAAUAGACCAUCCAUUUGUCAAGGUACAAAUAGAAGAACCUGAUGGAGAUGCAUAAAGGGAGAUAAUAUCACAGGGAGAUAAUCUACCAAAUUACUGAGGAAUCUAAUUAUUCCGCAGAAAGUUAGAGUAUAAAUCCUCUCACUAAUUAAUGAAAUAUGCAGUACAGUUAUGAAUAUUAAUCCAGCAAUAUAAAUGGCACUCUGGCAAAACCAUUUUAGAAUCAUGUAACACCUUAAAUUUGAUAUUUAUUUUCUAAAUACUCCUAGUGAUGUAAUAGGUUUAAGUCACAUUACAAUAUGUUUUUUUUUUAAGUAAAUUGUUUUCUUAAAAGGAGGAAGACCUCAUUUCUGUAUUACAUAUGUUGGUAAAAAAAAACUGUCCCAAAUCUUCAGUCUCAAAAACAUUAGUCCCUCAAAAUAUUUCUCAAAAAAGAAAAUCUGAUUUAGUUAAUUACUACACAUCAUUUACAUUCGAAUUUGAUAUAAAUUGCAGAUCAAAUAAUUGAAUCUAUUUCCGUGUAUGUCUCACUACCACCAAUAAAGGUGUAUACACAAGAUAGUACAAAUUAUAUCUUCUUACCAUGGGCAUGUAACUGUUGUCUCAUAUAGUAGAGCUGAACUCUCAGCAAUCAGUACAAUUAUAUUUCUGUGUGAAAUUUCAUUUCAUUUGCUCAACCUUUUGUAAUCUCUUGCUCAUUUUAUUAUUUAUUGUCUGAAAUGUCCUCCAUGUUUAUGAAGUUUGACUGCCACAAUCUGUAGGAUUAUAAUUUAGUUGUGGAUAAAAUAAUUUAUUUUUUGUAAGUACCUUUAUUUGUUGGAAUUUUAAAAUCUGACAAUAAUUUUAUAUCUUGCAACAUUAUUCAACCUGAAAUACAUUAUAUAUUUUACAAUAGUCAGUAAAAAUUGUAAAUAAUAAUUUGCAGUAUAAAAAUAUCCAAUCAUAUUAUGCAGAGAGCAUUUUUGUAAAAAGAAUAAUCAUUGGAUGAUUUUUUUUUAUCAGUCUCUCAUAUGGGCAUUUUUAUGCCCUACCUAGGGGCAUUAUGUUUUUCGGUCUGUUUGCCGUUCAAUUGUCCGUUCGUCUGUCUGUCCGUCCCGCUUCAGGUUAAAACUUUUGGUCAAGGUAGUUUUUGAUGAACUUGAAGUCCAAUCAACUUGAAACUUAGUCCCUAUGAUAUGAUCUUUCUGAUUUUAAUGCCAAAUUAAGAGUUUUGACCCCAAUUUCACGGUCCACUGAACAUAGAAAAUGAUAGUGCGAGAUGGGCAUCUGUGUACUAUGGACACAUUCUUGUUGGCUGGAAUUGCUUAUCUAGUGAAAAUCAUGAUGCUGUUUGCCCAACUUAAAAGCUAAGAAAUAUACUAUAGUUAUAAUCAGAAAUUAUGUUUGAUAUUCAAAAGAUCCAUAUACCUUUACAUUCAUGUGGUAAUUCAAUUUUAUUUGAGGUGAUGUUAUUUAUUGACCCAAGACAACAUACUACAUUGUGUUAACAAUAGAUAUCAAAAUGUUUUGGGCUUAAAAAGUUGGUAAAAUUUUAGUUUUUUGCCUGUAAUAAGUAUGUAUUUUACACAUCAAGUAAGAUGUUUACUAAAUAUUUAUAUUCUUUAAAAGAAAUAAUUUUCUUCUGUUGUUCUAUCAAUACUAUUUUAUGAAAAGUUUUAUUUCUGACAGUUGUUAUUGUUUUUUAAUUUAUUUAACUUAGUGCUUGUAUUUAAUUUCUGUGAUAUUUCCAGUUUUCUACAAUGUAAUGUAAUUCAGAAAUUAAUGCUGCCAUUAAUUAUUGCGAAUCACUGAUUAGUUGUAAAAAUGCAUGAUUUAAUUAAUGCAAUUGCAAAAAAAAUUGUGAUGAAAAAUCACUACUGAAAUUAUGAAUGCAUGUUUUUAUUAUUUCGAACCUGAUACUGUCACUUUUUUGCAAUAAAUAAAACAUCGCAAUAAUUUCUGAAUGUACAGUAAUUCUUUAUACAAAUGAACUUGUGAUCAAUUGGAAGUUUCCUGAUACUGCCCAGUAAUGUCAAUCAAAAAAUUAUCUUAAGCGAAGUUAUUAAACUGCCUUUAAAUGUUCAAUAUUGUAAAACAAAAAUGAAAUCACAGUGAUUAAAAGUCUAGGUAGGUUUGUUUUAACAUUUAAAUUAAGUAUUCCAAGAUACUACAGGAUGUAAGAUGCUGUCACAAGUUCAGACAUUGAAAGGUCUGUAGACAAAACAGUUAUAAAGUGUUAACUUUUACAACAGAAACCAUUUAUAUGUAAACCAUUUUUCUAUGUGGCCAAUUCUCUUUUACUUGGGCAAGAGCUAUUUUAAACAUAUUCUGUAAUGACACAUAAAAUUGCUCAAGUGGAAUAAUAUACCGGUAUAUAUUUAAGGUUUUUUAUAUUAAAUUAUGUUAUUCAAUUGAAUUUGAAUUCAAAACAUGCCCACCAGCUGCAAUUAUUGAUUCUGAUUGGUCAAUUUUUAAAUUUCUUGGGAGAUUUGGGAGCUGAGUGCUCUUGCAGAUGUGCCCAACUCUAAUCUUAAUGGACUAGGAUUGCCAGUUAUCCUGUUGAAGGUAUAUGGUUCUCUCUGGGCACCCUGGAUUCCUCUGUCAAUAAAAACUGUCCACCACUAUAUAACCAAGAGUGCUGAAAGUGGUGCUAAACACCAACAAUCAAUCAAUAUUUAUUUUUUCUUUUCGUAAGACAAUGACGAUAGGGAGAUCCUCUAUAGUAUUUAUUAUUUUUACCAAUCAGGUGACAUACAUUACAGCAAUGAUACCACAUAUAUGCUCCAUUCAAUCAAUUGAUGCUGAAGUGAUGAAGAUUUAUUAUGUUUAAUAAUUAAGAGGGGCCAUUGUUGACAUUGGAUACAGAUUUAGAUGAGUCAUUCAGGCUUUUUUUAGUCUGAAGUUUGAAUAGCUCUUGACAAAAUUUUAAUUAACCCAAACAGUUGACAAAAAAUUGUUGAGCACAUGAUUGGUUAUGUUGUAAGAGGUAAAAACUGAUAUAUAAGAAACAUAUCAGAAUAUAAACAUUACGUUAGUACAUUAUCUGGUUGUGAUUGGUAAAUCAAUGUCAGUAAAUAGUGAAAAGAUUGAAGAAUUGACAGUAUUGAAUGAAUUUAAAGUCUUUCCAAAUAACUAUGAUUUUGUUGGUUGGUUUUGUGCUCUUAUUAGUAGUUAACAGAUGUUAUUAUAUGAAAAUUUCAUUCCAAAAAGUCUCUCUGUUAAUGAUGUAGAAAACCAAGGACAAAAGUAAACCCUCAGUACAGUUAAGACAACAGGGAACUAUGAAUUAAAUUUUUCAUUAAAUUUUUAUGACCCCACCAAAGUGGGGUCAUCAUCCUCAUCCCAUGGACACAUUCUCCAUUUUUUGUUAUUUUACUUAGAGUGUAUUUGUUGUCUCCAUAUUUUUGCCUGAAUGGAAGGCUUAUUUAAUAAUAAUAAAUUUCAUUACAAGCUGACCUUAUCUAAAAAAAUUUAACCCUUUUAUGUUACCAUUGCCUUAGUACUUUUUUUGAUUUGCAGUUUGUAUUCAUUUCUUCAAUAUUAACGUUUAGUGAUGAGUCAACUAAGCUUAAACAUCAAUAAACCACUUCAAAUUAACCUUUAUUGUUAUAAUGAAAAUUUGUUACAUCAAGUUCAAGUGCUGGUUUAUUUCAUAUGCAGAUUGGAAAGACCUUGUUAUCAAGAACACUGUAAUUAAAUAAGGUUAAUUUCUAUUUGAAUCAAUGUUUUUGAGUGUGGACUUAGUGUAUAAGAUUUAGCAUGUUUGAUAGAUAAGGCAUGAAUUCUUUUUUUUGGAUUCAAACUGCAGUUUGUAAUAUGUUAUUGAUAUUUGCAUCUUUGCAUGGCAGAAUAAUGGAAUAUCAAAGAUUUAAGUAUUUGAUGAAAAUCAUAAAUUAUUUUUCAUGUAAUUCAUAAUUUUGUGAAAAAGAAAAAUCAAAUAAUUUUUUUCCCAAAAAAAUAUUUCCCCAACAUCAUUAUUAACAUCAUCAUAAGUUUAGUAACACAUUUUAAUCUGAUUUUAAGAUUUACACCUAAAAUUAGUUGUUCUCUGUGUGUAUUGUAAGUCAGUAAUUGAGUUUGACCAUGUCAUCUCAGGUUUAAGGAAUCGAAUGAUAUUUGUUGUUGAUCAUGUGAUAAUCUACAUUGGUCAUGUGAUAAUCAGUGUUGAUCAUGUGAUAAUCAGUGUGGAAUGUUAUUUAUUGAUGUGUAAACACCUAUUUGUUAUCCUAUGUAUAUAUUGUACAUACAUGUUAUAUUGUGUAAAUAGGAGAUUUUAAUGUACAAGUUGUUGAUUGGUUGUCAUAAUGUGUAAGAUAUUUGAUUCUUUUGGAGAAUUAAAUAAAUAAGAAACCUGU